AUGGACAGAGAAGAACCGUUGAAUGUCACAACCAAUAGUACUUUCGCUGAUUACUCAGAUGAAUACAUUGAGGAUUCGUCCGAAACAACAGACUCCAAUCAACUGAAUCUAACCAUGACUGAAGUUUCUUGCUUUAUAAAGAAUCCUCAUGAAAACGUAGAUGAUCAUUUGAAAAAACGUAUGGAUCAUUGCAACUUCGAGGGGAUGGAAUGUCUUCCAAAUUUGCAAGAAACUGAAUCUCAGUCAUCCACACAAACACAUUUCGAUUACUACUGCAGCAGAAAAUUGACGACAAAGAACUCGCUGACUCACUAUUCCUGUCGCUUCAGCUACUAUUACAAGUUAAGAAAAUGUGAGAAUAUUAACGAAUGUUAUACGGUUCAUUUCAAGUGCUUGGAGUAUCAAGUUGAGAAUCACGUUUCUUAUUUCAUUCUGCUUACGUUUGCUCUGAUCAUUCUAUCAUUAAUUGCGUUAAAAUUAAUUUGUACACAGUACUUCAAUCAUAACCGAUCAGGAUCUUACCAAUUGAACUCGAAUUCUUUUAAAAAUAUUUUUAAAUGUUUCUAA